AUGACGGGGGUGGAGCUGGUUGGUUUGCAAUUGGCAGCAUCUCCGAUCCUGAAGAAGCUCCUCGCGGAUGCUUCAACAUACCUUGGGGUUGACAUGGCGAGCGAGCUCCAUGAACUGGAGAUCACCAUCAUGCCGCAGUUCGAGCUGAUGAUUGAAGCAGCUAACAAGGGCAAUCACAGGGUCAAGUUGGACAAAUGGGUCCAGGAGCUCAAAGAAGCCUUCUACAAAGCUGAAGAUCUGCUGGACAUGCACGAGUAUGACCUCCUCGACCGCAAAGCAAAGAGUGGGAGAGAGUCCUCGCCACCCCGUGCCUCAUCAAUCAGGACUAUUUUGAAGCCUCUGCGUGCUGCUUCUAACAGGUUAUCGAAUCUCCUCCCAAAGAACAAGAAGCUACUUCACCAGCUGAAUGAACUGAAGGCCGUUCUGGUGACAGGCAGGGAGUUGCGUGAGCUUCUUUGCAUACCAGCUGGUAACAGUACAGAGAGCCCCAUUGUUCCUCCGGCCACAUCAUUACCACCUCUGAAAGUAAUAGGCCGUGACAAGGAUCGUGAUGAUGUAAUAAACCUUCUUACCGAGCCGGUUGCUGUUGAGGCUAAUUCAGCUAUAUAUGCGGGUUUGGCCAUUGUCGGAGCAGGAGGUAUGGGAAAAUCCACCUUGGCACAACAUGUUUACAAUGACAAGAGGGUACAAGAACAUUUUGAUGUCAGGAUGUGGGUGUGCAUCUCACGCAAACUUGAUGUCCAUCGUCAUACACGGGAGAUAAUCGAAUCCGCAGCUAAGAGGGAGUGCCCACGUCUUGAUAAUCUGGAUACUCUCCACUGCCAAUUAAGGGACAUACUGCAGAAGUCAGAGAAAUUCUUGCUUGUAUUGGAUGAUGUUUGGUUUGAUGAUUCGAGUAAUCAGAUGGAAUGGGACCAACUGUUAGCUCCCCUAGUUUCUCAGCACAAGGGAAGCAAAGUUUUGGUAACUUCUCGACGGGAUACAUUUCCUUCCGCUCUUUACUGUGAAAAGGUGCUCCGUUUGGAAAGCAUGGAAGAUACUCAGUUCUUGGCACUCUUCAAAUACUAUGCCUUCACUGGAGCACAAAUUAGAGACCCUCCGUUGCUUGAAGGGCUAGAGGUGAUUGCAGAGGAGAUAGCUAAAAGGCUUGGACAGUCUCCUUUGGCUGCAAAAGUUGUUGGUUCCCAGUUGAAAGGGAAAAUGAAUAUCUCUGCCUGGAAAGAUGCUCUGACUUUAAAGAUUGACAACUUAAGUGAGCCUAGAAUGGCUCUGUUGUGGAGUUAUCAGAAGUUAGAUCCACGUCUACAGAGGUGCUUUCUAUAUUGUAGUUUGUUUCCAAAAGGGCACAGGUAUAACACUUAUGAGUUGGUUCACCUGCUGAUAGCGGAGGGGAUUGUUGAUCCGUGCAACCAGAACAGGAAAAUGGUAGAUGUUGGAAAGGAUUACCUCAAUGAGAUGGUUUCUGGGUCUUUCUUGCAACCAUUUUCUGAAAGAUUUAUGGACACAUACUACAUUAUGCAUGAUCUUCAUGAUUUGGCAGAGUCGCUCUCUAAAGAAGACUGUUUCAGAUUAGAAGAUGAUAAGGUGACAGAAAUACCAUGCACCGUCCGUCGUCUGUCUGUUCGUGUUGAGAGUAUGAAACAACAUCAGCGCAGUAUCUGCAAGCUACAUCAUUUGCGCACUGUUAUCUGCAUUGACCCACUUACAGAUGAUGUGAGCGAUGUUUUCAGUCAGGUACUUCAAAACUUGAAGAAGUUACGUGUACUCUAUUUGUGCUUCUACAAUAGUAACAAGCUACCCGAAUCUGUGGGUAAGCUGAAACACCUUCGGUAUUUAAACCUCAUUAAAACUUCCAGUGCCGAAUUGCCUCGAUCAUUAUGUGCUCUUUACCACCUACAGUUACUUCUGUUGAACCAUAAAGUUACGAGUUUGCCUCACAAACUAUGUAAAUUAAGCAAGUUACGACAUCUUGAAGGGUAUCCUGAUCUGGGAUACAGGAUGUAUGAAGUAGCUCUGCCUCAAUUGGCCUUAUAUAGGCAAGCUAACUUCGCUCCAGCAUGUUGA